CGAUCGUCGCAACAUCUGGUGCGCGAUGUCGUUGAUCGGCCGUGUUUUCUCGAUCGUGCGGGAGUAAAUAGUCGCGAAUGCGUGAAUCUGGAACUGCGGAGUCGUCGUGAGCGCGGGAUUUCGCUACGUUUAUUUGUUUCGCGAGAGCGAGAGAGAGAGAGAGAGCGGCACGGGCGGGUAGGAGGGAGGCAGAAGGAGUGUGUGUAUGCGUGCGAAAAAGAAAGAGAGGGUUAGAGAGGUAGAGGACGUUAGACAAACGCGCGAGUGAUUUCCAUGGAAGGCGAGAUAAAAAUCGGAGCCGCGUCGCAUCGCGAUAAGAAAAGUCGACGCGUUUGAUUCCAAUUUCGAGCAAGUUGAUAAACCGUUCGCUCCUAAAAUGGGGGAGAAGAGAUAGGAGGGAAGUAGCGUAGACAGAGAGGAAAACGAUAACAUGAGGGAAUGCGAGCGAGAGGGAGCUCGUGUGUACUAAACGUUCGUUUAGUCGCACGUUCUGUAUUUUCUUUCUUCCUAUUCUAUGCUGUCCGCUCCCGUCGUAAUCGCGGCAAGUGCAGUUUGAACGAACGAAACCCUCGUCGCGCGCACAGUCUCGAGGAUAGCGCCAAGAUUAGGGUCGCGGAAUGCAGGCCGAAUUGAUAUACCGGAAACCUACGGCGAUGACGAGCUCGUCGAGUCAGGGCGGUUUUCAUCGUGCCGGAAGUGGUAAUCGAGAGAGCAGCGGCCGAGACUCUCGGGAGACCAUACACUCUGGCCACUUCAUGGUGUCAGACUUCGAGGCUGAGGCUCAGGACGACGAGGACGAGUUGGCGGUGCCGGUGCCCGACGAGGAAGUCAGGCUGUCGAUCAUCGCCCAGCCCGGCUUCUCCGUCGAGCGGUUCAUCGCCAACUCGUCGAACAACAAGAGCUCGCAGCAGUUGAGCAUCGAGACGUCCUUGAACAAGCUCUUCCAGUGUAUGUCCCUUGCCUACAGACAGAAGCUGACAUCGCCCAAGUGGAAUCGCUUCAAAGGAAUCAGGCUGCGAUGGAAGGACAAGAUCAGACUGAAUAACGUCAUCUGGAGAUGCUGGCACAUGCAGUUUAUACUGAAGCAAAGUACACUGGUGUGCCAAUUCGCGUCGCCGCUCGACGUUGACACUCACAACAAACCCGAGGCGGUGGUGUUAGAGGGGAAAUACUGGAAGCGAAAGCUCGCAGCCGUCACAGCGGAAUACAAGAAAUGGCGUAUGUUCUAUCGGAACAAGAUCCUUGGCUGGACGAGCAAGGAUGGCAGCGAGAUGAUGGAAUCACUAGACAUGCUAGACUGGGACAAUGGAAGCGGGACCAUCGGGGAUUACGGGAUGGAGACAAGCAGUAUAUCCGGAAACAUCAGCGGUGCUCUGAGCGGAGAGAGUAUGAUGGUUGACGAGGACUACAUGCAACAGAUGGCCGACACCCUCUUCUCGACCAUUGCUUCCGGUCAGCCGAUGUACUUUCCUGAUACUAGAGAAAUCGUCCGAAACGCCAGUUUAGCGGACUUCAUUCAACCUAAUCUGGAUGCUCUACAGCCGAACCUCGAUGAAUUCAUGGACACGUUGGAGCCGCUGCAAGAAUUUCUGAAUUCGAAGCUGCCUCCAGUGCCCGAGGAAGACGACAUGUUUCGGAAUAGCAGUCUAAAUGCUAAUUACUCCGACCUAGACCUGAUGACCCCGAUUACUCAGAUGAACGAAAUAAACGAGAAUCCGGCGAUAAAGAACGAACAAAGUUCGCGGCAGCAGCAACAGACGCUGGCUCAAGAAGCACAGAACGCCAACAUGCAGAAUCUCCAUUACACCGCCAAAAUAUAUACUCAGCCCCAGCCUGAAUCAUCGGCUAUUUACAGGAAUAGCAUAACGAUGACCGAGAAUUACAACUCGAUUCAGCCAAGCUUCGAGACGCGCCUCACAAGUCAACCGACGCGAGAAAGGAGUCGGAGUGGCAACAGCGGCGGCAGCAGGACGACGUCGUCGAGGAGUAACCGCGUGAUACAGCAAGCCCAACAGCAGCAGAAUACAUACCAAUCGGGCGCGCAGCAAACGCAGAAUUCCGUGUUCCAGCCUGCGUCGCAGACGCAGUCGUCUUACGCGAUGGAAAUACAGUUAACGCCCGUGCAGAAUCAGCAGUCGGUGCAGAUCGCGGCGUUGAACGAUCAGUCGGUUAAUCAGAUAUCGUCGAUCGUCGCGGCCGCGACCGCCAGCGGCCACGUGCCGAAUCUGGUGACGGUGCAGCAUAGCUUCGCGCCGGUCGCCAACUCGUCGCCGCUGCAAACGCAGCAACGAGCAAUUAGGCCCUUACCGCCCACGCCGCCGAUGUCCACGAAACCGUACAAGAUCGUGCAGCCGCAGCAGUGUUACAAGUUCCCGAGCCUCACGCAGAAUUUCAACGCUCAACAAUGCAAAUUCAACGCUAACAAUUUCAAGACUCAUCCUACGCAACAAGUGAUAUCGGUGUCGGCGGAGCAACCGUCGCAGUCGCAGAUCUUGCUGCAGUGCAGGCCCCCUGUACUGGACAUCACCGCGCCUGCUCUGCACCCUACCAAACUACUACCUCAACCUAACACGUCCAGCGCGGAGGCGGAAGAGAUCUUCGCCGUACCUAAGUACCAAAUAAAAGGAAGGAAUAGAUCACGUAGCAGCUCGUCCUUAACAACGCCUAGGAUACAUCCGCCGUUGGUAUCAGCAGUGAGCGAUCCGGCUCUAAAUCUGAAUAGCAACGUCUUUCUCGCGCAUUUGCUCACGAACACCUCGUCCACGCAAGUGACGACUACACAACACAUUACCACUCCAGUGACGGUUCAAACCAUGCAGACUUCCAACAUACAGCAGGCGCAAUCGCAACAGCAGGCGAUGCAACCGUCUACUUGCAGCCAACAACAAAUCCUUUUAAACACGAAUAAUCAAACGCAUCAGUCUCAAACUAGUCCCGGCUCGCCGAAUAGCUCGAACGCUCACAGUCCGCAAGCUUUGAGCCUCAGUCCUCUGCACAGUCCCAUGAGUAUAGGCAGCCCUCUGUCACCUAGUCGCGGGUACAUGAAAGGUGAAUCGGAAAGAGGGCAGUACAAGGAGCAGAGGAGAGUCGGUCACAUUCACGCGGAGCAGAAACGUCGAUAUAACAUUAAGAAUGGAUUCGACAUGCUGCACAGCCUGAUACCACAGCUCAAUCAAAAUCCCAACACGAAGCUGAGCAAGGCCGCGAUGCUGCAGAAAGGGGCGGACUAUAUUCGGCAGCUGAGGACGGAGAGGAAUAUGAUGAAAGAGGAGAUGGAUAACUUGAAACAGCAAAUCGAGUGCCUUAACACGUCUAUUAGUAAUUGUCAAUCUAUGCUUCCUGCAACGGGUGCUCCAGUUUCUAGCCAUAGAACAAGCAAGAUGAAGGAGAUGUUCGACGAGUACGUGCGUACGCGUACGCGGGAGAACUGGAAAUUCUGGAUUUUUAGUAUAUUGUUAGAACCACUGAUGUUAACCUUCGAUACUUCCGUCUCGACUGCGAGUAUAAACGACUUGAAGAUGAGUACAAUAUCGUGGGUCGAGCAACAGUGCUCGCUCGCCCGCCUCAGGCCAGUUGUUCUAGACUCCCUGAGGCAUCUAUCUACUCAAACUGAUAUCUUGUCAAACCCGGCACGCCUGCCCGAGGAAGCGCUCGAGGCGAUCAGUCAGACGAAACGCCGGCCCUCCACGCAGUGACCAAGUGCGCGAUUUUGUUGCAACGUUGUUCGUGUUGUAGAAAGAAAGUUCAAGAUUUAGAUACGUAACAAAGAAGGAUAGUUACCGUGUAGCUUAAGCCAGCCUAUGAAGAAAAAAAAGGAAAUUCUCAAGAACGGUUUUGUCACAGCAGACCGAUGAAAUAUCACUUAACGCGAUGACGCGGGCGAGAAAGCAGAAUUUAAGUGCAAUUCCUCUUUUUAUUGCAAAACGUCACGUUGAAGUUGCGAGAAUCCAUCGUGACGGAUUUAUAUAAGGCACGUUUUAUAUUUAAAUACACGUGUAUAUUAACCAUCACACCACCGCCACCACCAAUCAUCACCAUAUAUACACCAAAAUAUGUACUAAUGUAGCUAUCGAUAUGGCCGCGCACAAUCGUUCGCAGGUAAUUAUUUUGAAAGAAAACAAUUACAUGUGUAGUUCCACGUUUAUUACGCGCGAUUAUGUAUGCGCUAUCUUACAGCUAUACCAAAAGUCGGAGAGAAUAAUUCUAUAAUCAAUACCUUUACAAUGAAAAUUGUAUAACAUUUCUAAUGCUCACAAUGCUUAUCUACAAAGUUUAUGAAAUUUCGUAGUACGAUAAAAUUCACUCCACACCGUAUUGGGAAACUUCUCUCUCAUCCAAGAUAAUAGAAAGUUAAUUUACAGCUAUCGUAAAUCUUAUUAAUUGUAAGGCGGAGAUGCACAGACGCCCGUAAAAUUUCUUUUUUCGUAAUUAUACAAUUACGUCGAGCGAAGAUGAAAGAUGUCUCGAAUAUUAAAUUAUUUUUGUUCUAAUACAACUAUACGUAUAUACCGUACUUAUACAGUGUCGUGUAAGUAUGACUAAAAGUUACGUGAUACCAAAAUAUUUCUAUGCCGCCAAUUGUAUCCUAUUGUCGAAGAUGUAACGAAAAUCAGUGCCAUAACUCAUCGUUCCGACAGAGUGCAGUCGAAGACAAUUAUGAAAGGGAUAACUUGAUGGAGGGCGUGACUUGAGGUAUAAAGAUGCAAGUAACUUUUGAACACGUAGGCUAUCGAUAUAUUGAUCAUACUGAUAUAGCAUUUGAUAAAUUGCGCUGCCGUCGAAUUGUCCUGCACAGUCGAGUCAGCAGAAGGAAUUACACAUAGGGCGAUGAUUGCAUGGACGAUAAAAAGGGGGUUGCUCAAACACGUAACACUUAUGUUUACAACGUUAUGCAAUAUAAGAUCUUUAAUAUGGAAGUAUCAUGUGAUAAUGUACAAAUCAUUUACAAAAAGGUUUGACUCUACCGAAUAGAGCUUAAGCUACGGAGGGCUUCUGCAUAUUGCAGCGUGAAUUGCAGUGUGCAGUCAAAUAUUACGGAAAACGAAACGUCCAAUACUCCGAGGAGGUGUUAUGUUCUGUUUCUUUAAAUUGUUGUUUUCACGUGUAUUCUGAAAUGAUUCGUUGUUCAAAAGACUUUUUACGCACGACACGAUAUACAGACGCCCUCACUUAACUUACAACGUGUAUAUACAUGUGUAAGUGAUAGGUAAUAUAAGCGAACUCAGCGAAAGGGAUGUUCUUUUGUACAAUAUGUAUCAUAUAAUCAUGAAGACUCAUAUACUGUUAUUACUUUAAUGUUACAACAUAUGAAGAAACCCGAAUUGA